GCGCGUCCGGCGGGGUCCAACUGCCUUUUGCUGGGGCCUGCCCCUGCCACAGCUCAUUUAGCUGCGAGUCGGCGACCCGCAAACAACACGUAAAGUGCUCCAAAAAGUGCCAUUCGAAGAUGACUUCCCAUCCGUGGCUGUUACUGUCGAUGCUGGCCCUGGCCGCCACGGUGCGAUCGCAGGAAUAUCACUACCAGCGGCCGCAAGUCCCCUUCAGCGAGGUGUCAGCGCGUCACCAGCAGCCUGCCAAAUAUGUGGUCCAAACCCUGGGCCCCAACAGUCGCACCUACGCUCUGGAGUCCCACCUGGCCCCGAGUGUCUAUGAGAACCACCAGACUGUGGUCGUGAGGGCGCAGAGGGGACAGCAGAACCAGCUCGGAUAUGGAUACCAAGGCCCACAGCAGCAGCAGCAGCAGCAGCAAUAUGUGGCACCGCAGCAACAGUUCCAGCAGCAGCAAUAUGUGGCCCAUCAGCAGCAGCAAUAUGUGGCACCCCAGCUGAAUAUGCAGUAUCUGGCACCCCAGCCCGUGCAGCAGCCGGAAUUGCACUAUUCGACCUACAGAAAUCCUUUGCUGGGCAGCGGAAGCUAUCAGCAAUUCUCUUCAGCCCUAGCCGCUCCUCUCAGCACUCAGGCACUGGCUCCACCGGCACCACCAGCACCACUCAACUAUUACCAGCCUCAAGCUCAACCUCAGCCUCAAAACCAAGCCAUCGCCCAGUACCAGGGAGUACCUCAGCCCGCGGCACAGUACUUGCCACAACCGCAGAACCUGGCGCCACAGAGACUGUACUUCGCCAACCCCCAUCCCUACGCAACGGUCACCCUUCCCUCGGGGCAGCAGGUGCUGGAUGCGGGCCACGGCUCCGGUGUGCCGCCCACCGCGGUGCUGAACAAACUGCUGACCAGCACGGGUCUCACAGAGCCCGCACCGCGAAAGGGCGACCAGGUAGCCCAGUCGGAGAGCGCGUCGUUGGACGGCUACGACUACAAGCAGACGGCGUCCGGGGACACCAGAGAGUACCAGCGUUACGUGACCAACUGCCAGCCCAAUGGACAGUGCCAGCAACAGAUCUUGAGUCCAGGCCAAGUGGACCCGGGACACAAGCAGCUGCUGCAGGACAUACGCGCCGUGGCCCAUGCCCAUAUCGAGGGAUGCACGAAGAGUCCCGCGAUCUAUGUGCCCCCAGGAGCCGCGCAGAAUGGCCAGGGCCAGCUGAGGCCCAGGAACAGGCGCACCUAUGAGCGGAAGGAGGAGCUGAUCGAAAGGCAUCCCUUCAACUGAACCCUAGCCCAAAUUCAAAACUAGAUUUAAUAAUUGUUAUUGUUAGUUGAACACAUUUUUCAAUGUAAAUAAAGUGAGCGAGUCCCCUUCCUAA